CAAGAUGGCGUCGCUCGUGCCACUGAAGGAGAAGAAGCUUAUGGAGGUUAAACUUGGAGAACUGCCAAGCUGGAUAUUGAUACGGAUUUUCACUUCUAGUCGCAUUGUGGGAGCCUUUCAGAGAGGUUAUGACCGGUAUUACAACAAGUACAUCAAUGUGCGGAAAGGCAGCAUCUCGGAGAUUAACAUGGUGCUGGCAGCCUAUGUGGUUUUCAGCUACUGCAUUUCUUACAAGGAACUCAAACAUGAGCGGCGACGCAAGUACCACUGA